UUUUACUAGAAAAAUCAUAUCCCUCGUGGCGAACAGCAAGGUUACAACUAAAUUCAUUCAUUCAUUCAAGUUAUUCUUUGUAAGCAACAGCAAAAGAAGCGUGGCCAAGGCGAGUAACCCACCAUAGUUAUUAUUACUUUUUACUGUAACUUCAUUGUCGAUGUGCAUUAAAAAAUUACAUUGAUUGUGUUCAAUACAAGAAAAAAAAAAAAGAAAAGUUGCAUUAAUUAAAGUUGUGUCAAGUUAAAAUGCCUAUCAGAAAAAUAGAACCUAACGUUCAUAAAACUGUUGAUACAUGGGUAAUAAAAAACAUAAACCAACUAAUUUAUAACGUAGGCCACGGCCCUUAUGGGAUGAAACCCAUCACUUUGGAUCAUGAAUUUUCAUCAGAAGUUAGAGGUAAAGUAAGCUCGUGGAAGGUCCAGUUGAGUAUAAUGAAUACUAAAGCUUUUGUCGAUGAUCCUUCAUUCAAACUGUUAUUAUCAUUCAUGCCUAUAAACGUAGUGGAUAAUAUCACCUGUAACUUUUACCUGGUUGACAUCGACAAAAAUCAACGUUUCAUUGGACGAAGUAACCAAAGAGCCAAUUUUGCUAAUCCUCGAACAGCUCUUAGUUCCUUGAAUUUAUAUGCCAAUUCAUCAAAAAUAAUCAAGAAAUUUUUUCCAAACGAUUCCAUGAUACUGCGCAUGGAACUCUUGACUUACUUGGAUGAUAAUCCUACAUUUCCUUUUCUGGAGAUGAUUUCAACUAGCGAUCUGAAUGUCGAUUUACCAAAUGAUUUCUUGAAGUUAUAUAACAGUAGGCAAGAUAGCGGUGAUGAUAUUAUACAGGUGCAGAAUAUUAAAUUUCCAGUGCAUAAAUGUGUUUUAAAAAAAAGAUGUCCUGCAUUGUACGAAGAUGUUGCUCGUUAUCGACCAACAUCUGGCAGCAGUAACAGUGAUGUAUUAACUGUUGAGGAUAUACAUCCAGAGAUAUUUAAAAGAGUUGUAGAAUACAUCUAUACUGACAAGGUCAAUGACCUAGAUGAUCAUUCAGAGUAUUUGCUAGAAGCUGCUGAUAAAUACAACUUGAAGAACCUGAAAGAAAUGUGUGAAAUGUCGCUCAUCGAAAACUACCUCACUUUCGAAAGUUCUUCUGAGCUUUUAGAUUUAGCUGUUCGUUGUAACACUAGAGGAUUAAAAUUCGCCGCCGAGACUGUUUCGAAAAAUAAAGAGGAUGUUAUAGUCAGUCGUGAUACUUCACCUCAUUUUACCUUCAAUUUUCAUGGUACAUGGUCUGCAGGUUACCAAACCAGAAGUUAAGAUGUUCAUUCGCAACGAUAACAUUUUUUAUCAUGAAAAUUUCCAUUAUUGUAAUUCAAGACUGAUUAAUUAAGUCACUGAUUUAUUUAAUAAAUUUUUUUAUUAAACUUGAA